AUGGAGGGCUGGGGAAACACUGGGAAACUUAGUCGUCGAGACGAUUUAUUGGCUGAGACUCGAAGCAACGAUUUGGGCCUCCCCGAUUGGCAUUCUGGUGUAGAUAGUAUGGUAAUGAUGGCAUCCGAAUCUGUGAACGUUCUCCCUAGACACACGCCACCUAAAGGCGUACAUCAGUCCACAGGUUCACAACAUCCACCACCUACUCCUCAAGCUAUGGUCGAUAGUGAAGUGAUACAGCAAAGCUCAACUGCACCACCCAAACCACCGACAUCCAACGUUGAAAAGGGCGACCCGCGCCAAAGAGCCGAUGAAAACCCUAGGCAGUGUGCUUCUCACCGAGACACGAAUCACUUGCAAUCUCAGAAAUACUUCAUUUCAAGAAGUCCACAAAAGAAUUUGCGUGAGAAGAUGCAAGAUUCCAGUGGCAAGGUCGAUUCGUAG